ACAAACAUGGAUCAAUGUGAAACUGUACUUUUUUUUCUUUUUUUUAAAGAGAGCUUUGUAUAACGGUGACAGCAAAACAAAUUUGGAGCGGAGAGCUGGUCUUGUGGUAGCAAGCAUGAAUUGUCUCGAUUGCUAAGCAGGAUCUGUCCCAGUUUGCAUUUGGAUGGAUGACUGCAUGUCUCACCCAGAGGCAGAACCAAAGGAUGAAGAUGAAGAGGGGGCACAGACUGGUCAUCCCAGAAAUCUGACCCAUGUUGCUCCAUGUCCUGGGGGACCCAUGUUGCACCAUGUUCUGGGGGACCCUCUGGGGCAAGAGCCCAAUGAGGCAAACUUGGUGCCAGGACCCCUUCCAGAACUUCAUGUCCCCACUGACAUUCUGGGGAAAGAGCUCAAUGAGGAAACCUCAGUGCUAGGAUCCCUUCCAGAACCUCGCGUCCCCACAGAUAUUCUGGAGGAAGAGCUCAAUGAGGGAACGUCGGUGCCAGGAUCCCUUCCAAAACCUCAUGUCCCCACUGAUAUUCUGGAGCAAGAGCUCAAUGAGGAGACGUCGGUGCCAGGAUCCCUUCCAGAACCUCGCGUCCCCACAGAUAUUCUGGAGGAAGAGCACAAUGAGGAAACGUCGGUGCCAGGAUCCCUUCCAGAACCUCACGUCCCCACUGGUAUUAUGGAGCAAGAGCUCACUGAGGAAACGUCGGUGCCAAGAUCCCUUCCAGAACCUUGCAUCCACAGUGAUAUUCUGGAGGGAGAACUCAAUGAGGCAACUUCAGUGCCAGGAUCCCUUCCAGCUUCUCAUGGCCCUGCUUCAUGUCUCCGCUCCCCUGGGUCCAGUUCAUUAUCAUCUUCUGCCUCACUGGAAGUUGGCUCCAUCCCACCCUCUACCUCCACCUCUUCUUUCCUCCUGCAUCCCUCUUCCCCUCCUCCUUCUUCCCCACGUCCUGUAGAGCUGGAACUCAGCAAUGUAAAAGAAAUCCUGGAGAGUUUGAUGGAUUUGCAGUUCCAUCAGCUGAAUGACCGCCAAAGACACCUCCGCAUCUGCCAGGGAUGUUUGCAAAACCUCAAGGCACUGAGGGGAGACCUCCGAAGACUGCAGAGCAGACUGACAAGGGUGGAAGCCACUAUUGGGAUCCUGGUUCCUCCAAGGGAGCUGGAUGUUGAGGAGGAAAAAGAGGAAGACGAAAACCAGACAGUGCUUCAUCCAUAGGUAGCAAUAAAAUGCUGCCUAUUUAUUUUAAAAAUAUUAAACAUUUGUUUUAAUAGGAUAGGAUGUAGAGAUAAAACAGCAAUAGAGCAUGCAUAUUUACUGCUUAAAAAUAAAAAGUUGAUUUAAAAGAA